UUGGCAUAGUUUUAGACAGCUAGAUUACCAGUUAAAGUACAAAAAUAAGUCUUAAAAAGCAUUUCUACAAUGGCAAUGUAUACAUCUGGUGAAUUAGAAGAGCUCAAAACUUGUCCUUACAACGUUUCACAUAGAAUACUUGCGAAAAGAUUCUCGUAUCAUUUGGUUAGGUGUCGUAAAGCUAAUCCCCAUGUUAAGCUCGUUACCUGUCCCCUUUUCGCCCAACAUAAAGUACCAGAACCAGAAUUGGAGUAUCACAUUCAAAGUUGUGAACAACGAAAAGAAUUGGAGAAGCAGUUAUAUCUAGAUGAACCAAUAGAGGAAAAAUGGAAAAUUGAUAGGAAUGUCCCUAUGGAAUAUGAUGACACUUGGGAAACGACUGAUGCGCCGUCCUAUAAUCCGCAAAUAUAUUGUGAACAAAAUCGAAUUAUUCGAACAAUCCAAGUUGAGCCACCUAGUGUCAGGAAAAAAUUUCGGCAGGCAGAACGUGAAAGACACCAAAUGUUAGAUAGAUUAGAACGUGAGAGGAAUGAAGCAUCUUUAAAAGCAAAAAAAUAUGAGGAAUCUGACCUAUCUGAAAGGGAAUCAACUUCAGAAGCAUCUGGAUUUUCAGUUUAUGGUGACUCAGAUAUUGAGGCAUCAAGAAAAAAUUGGAACAAAAUUUUAAUGGGUCCAGGAAAAACUGGGGAAAAUUUACCAAAGAAUCAACAACCACCAGUUAGAAUAGUUCCUUCAAACCUGUUGAGUGAAACUUCAAAUCGAGAAAGUGCAACAACUUCUGAUGGAUCAACUUUGGUUGAUUCAUUAUCUGAUCUAAAUAUUGAUGAUACAAAGAAAACUCAAGAAGAAAAAUGGGUGAAGGUUUCGUAUGGUCAUGCAAGAGGAAGAGGACGAAAAAUUCGAAAGUAAACAACUGGUAGUUGUAACCAUUUAAUUUUAGAAUGUACAUUAAUGUCUGUUACUCUUUAGUGUUAAUUCAUUUUUAGUUUGAAUGCAAAGUUUUUGUUAUUUAAAGAAAAUAUUUUAUAUCUUAAAUAAGAAAAAGGAGCUUGAAUUUGUUUAAACUAAACAAUAAGCAAAUACACAUUUUUAUUUUUAUAUACAUAAAGUCAAGUUAAAAGAAGUUAAGUUACCCUUUAGUGUUAAUUCAUUUUUAGUUUGAAUGCAAAGUUUUUGUUAUUUAAAGAAAAUAUUUUAUAUCUUAAAUAAGAAAAAGGAGCUUGAAUUUGUUUAAACUAAACAAUAAGCAAAUACACGUUUUUAUUUUUAUAUAGAUAAAGUUGAAGAAUGUAUGAUGAAGUUAUAAAAUAACAAAUUUUUAUUUUAAAUAAAGGAUAACAUGGUUCCAACCAAA